AUGAAGACCUCCGUACCGGUCCGGGCCGGUGUGGAGCACCUGUCCAGGAAACUGCAGCACAUCCACCUGAACCAGGACGUGGCUCCGGGAGACCCGGCUCCAGGAGACGCGGACGAUAAGGUGGUGCAGCUGGCGAAGCGGCUGGAGCUGCAGUCGCAGGUGUUGCUGCGCGAGCUGGAGGGGCAGGACCUGGCGGCGGCGAGGAAGGAGAUGGAGGAGUCGGAGUACUGGGACACCAUCCAGAGGGAGAUGCCGGCGUACAACACCCGGGUCCUGGUCCCCGGAGACCAGGACACGGACCACGGAUCCUUGUGAGGCACCGGGAAGGUGGCGGGUCGUCGGAGGUUCUGCGGAGUCGGAUCGUUCAGCAGGAAUGAAGUGAUUUGUGUGAAAUGAUGGAUAAAGUUCUAUUAAUCCACUGAGCAGUGAACGCAUCACUGCCUGGACCUGGUCCUGGAACUGGACCUCGCCGAGGCUCGUCAGUUCACGUCCCAGCAGGUUCCUCCCAACCCAGCUCCAGUAAGAGUCCAGUAAGAGCUCGACCUCCUCUGCAGAACCACCAAAUGGUUCAGAUGCCUGUGUGUUCUGGUGUUAAUGUUUGCCAGUUAUUUCAUGUUUUAUAUAUUUCAUGUUAUACCCAUAAU